AUGACAGUGGUAAAAUCAAAGAGACUAAGUGAAGCUAAUGGAACGGUUGUAUUCAACAAAAGGGUUAAAACAGAGGAAAGUUUAUCGAUCGAAUCGAUUAUCACUCCAGGUAUUAAACCAGAAUCUGAUUCGAUAAUUCCAAGCAUUAAACUAGAACCUGAUUCGAUUUCAGAUACAAAAAAACAUCUAACUGUAGAAAUUGAAGAUGACAAAAAACCUAAUGUAUUCGCCAAAGUUACCAGUGAUGAUGUUUGUUCGAUACUGUCUACAUGUAAAGCUCCACCAAAAUGGUCUGAACUAUAUAACGAAGUUGUAACAAUGAGAUCAAAGUUUCUUUCUCCGGUAGACACAAUGGGGUGUGAACGAAUCCCCGAAGGAAUAAGUCCAAAUGUUGCAAAGACCAAUCCAAGAGUAUUUCGCUUCCAGCUUUUGAUCUCAUUGAUGUUGUCGUCCCAAACCAAGGAUGAAGUUAAUUUCCAAGCCAUGCGAAAUCUACACAGUGGUCUAAUGGCUCUAGGACAUAAGGAUGGGCUAUCCCUCGAAUCCAUAGUUACAUUAUCAGAGGGUGAAAUUGAUGCGUUUAUCCUGAAGGUAGGUUUCCAUAGAAAAAAGGCUGCAUAUAUUAAAAAAGCAUGUGCAAUUCUCCAGAGCAAUUUCGACAGCGAUAUACCGAAAAACAUCAACGAUAUCGUCACAUUGCCUGGCGUUGGGCCCAAAAUGGGUUUCUUGUUGCUUCAAAGAGGCUGGAAUAUCAACGAUGGCAUAGGAGUCGAUGUUCAUAUCCACAGACUUGCACAGAUGUGGGGAUGGGUUGCGAAAUCUGAAAAACCUGAACUGACUAGAACUGAACUAGAAAGCUGGUUACCGAAAAAGUUUUGGGGUGAUAUAAACCCGCUCCUAGUAGGAUUUGGCCAAGUAAUUUGCGUUCCCAAAGCUUCAAACUGCGAUAUAUGUACCUUGGGUAUCAACAAAUUAUGUAAAGGUGCCAACAAGAAGCUUUUGAAUACGCCUAUGACCGAUGCAAGACGGGCCAAAUUGCUAAAAGGAAGAGGAAAUCUUACGGAGUUAAUCGCAGAAAUAGAAGAUCUAGUCUAG